AUGCACGCUAAAACCAGACAACAUACAUUCAAACAAGACGAAGAAACAGACUACACAGAAAUGGCGACAAAGAUGAUCGGAGGCGUCGACGGCAGUGCUUUGACACCGGAGGCGGAGUGUGAACCGUUGACUUAUGAGAGAAGAGUUCGGACUGACUUGGAAAUUCAUCUUCCUAAACCUUAUUUGGCGAGGGGACUUGUAGCUCCAGAUGUCGAGCAUCCAAACGGAACGUUAGGGUACAGGCACAACGACAUGACUGUUCUCCAACAGCAUGUUGCUUUCUUCGAUCAAAACGACGACGGAAUUGUUUACCCAUGGGAGACGUACGCCGGAAUGCGUCAAUUAGGGUUCAAUUUCGUGAUCUCACUCCUAGCAGCCAUUGCUAUGAACUUCGUAAUGAGCUAUCCCACACAACCUAGUUGGAUUCCUUCGCCUUUCUUCCCCAUUUACAUUAACAACAUCCAUAGAUCCAAACAUGGAAGCGACUCGGGAACUUACGAUACUGAAGGAAGAUACUUACCAGUGAACUUCGAGAACAUAUUCAGUAAGUAUGCUAAAACAGUACCAGACAAGCUGACACUGGGAGAGAUAUGGAACAUGACUGAAGGGAAUCGAGCAGCGUUUGAUUUCUUCGGAUGGACUUCGGGGAAGAUGGAGUGGGCGAUAUUGUAUGUGCUUGCCAGGGAUGAAGAAGGCAUGCUGUCGAAGGAGGCUGUGAGGCGCUGCUUUGAUGGGAGUUUGUUUGAGUAUUGUGCUAAAAUGAACAGGGCUGCGCAGGAUAAGAUGCCACCUCCAUUACCGCUUCCUCCGCCCCCACUACCGCCACCAUCGCCAUGA